AGUGCGGCCACAGCGGCGGUUCUGAGGGGGUUCUGUGGGACGAGCCUCCCUCGCUCCGUCUGCCCGGUACGGCUGGCCCUGAGCCCGCGGGAGCGGUGCGGGGCCACCGGGGCUGCCCCAGGGUCACAGCCCCCCCGCCCAGGUACACACGACACGAGCCGCGGGGUGAAGGUUUAUUUAUUACCGGGAGGCUCGAGAAUCUGCAGGGGCCAUUCACUGUUGCUGGGCGAUCUGGCUAUUGAAACCACAGCGUCAGUGGGAAAUCAGCCUGCGUGUCCUGGGCUCUCCAGCAGCUCCCAACACUGCCUGCAGGAAGGGACCCAGCCCCACAGCCCUGCCCAGGACACAGCAGCACCAUGUUUGCCACAGUGAGAUUCGGAGCCGACUGCCAAAUCAUGGUGAACCUGCUCUGCUGUGUCCAGACCCUCACGGGCCACCUGAAGUGGAAGUGUCAGUGCAAGCCUGAAGACUGCAUCGAUCUUGUGGAUGAAAAGGGCACCCUGAUGAACCUGAGCAAAGUGGAAAAUCCUGCGUCUGAAUAUGCCAGUAAAUACCUGCAGGGAAGGCAGCGCUACAUCCUCAUCAGAGUUGUCCGAGAAAACUCUGAAAACAGCUCCUAUGAAUCUUUGCUAGAGGACCUGGGGAAACACUACCCUGACCUACCAGAUCAGCUGGAGCAGCUUUCAGGAAGGAUCCAACAGACAAACCAGAGGAGGAAGAGCUCCUUGUCGACUGCUCAGCCCCAAGCCAACAACCAAGCCAAGAGCAGGGCCACCUUACACAGCAAGAGGGGCUUGGAAUCCAAGAACACCCCGAAAUAAGGAACACACCCAUUACCAGUCACACAGCAGCACAGCCUCCACCAGGACCCAAACACCUGCCCAGGUAUUUAUUCCCAGCACAGCAAGAGUCCCCUGCUACUGAGCCCGCUUCCUGGGAUCCCCUGCCCCUCCCAGAGCUGCACCCUGACAAACCCAGCAUCCUCCUGCUUCAAGGGCUCUCAGUUCCCAUGGCAUGGCCUGCACUCCCCAGGGAUAAGAACCUGCACCUCCUUCCCACCCCCCUGCACUGUCACUGGACAGGUCUGCUUCCCACAGUUCCCUGCAGGGACUGCCCACUGCAGCCACCAGGAAAAGCUGCUCUAGAGACAGUCAGCCCCCACAGCUGCAGAAACAGCAUUUUGCCAAGAUGGCUCAAAGGCAGAUCACACCUGCUGCAGGUGCUGCUGCUGGUUCUGCUUAACAGCUUGUCCACCCAGAGCAACUCACCAACAGUCUAAUACCCUUAUUUCUUAAAGAGAGUUAAAUAACUUUGGAGUGGUUCCUCCCUGCUCACGCAGCAAAGAUCAGCACAUGGAGCACUUGGGCUUUCAAUCCCUGGCAUUUACUUUUUCCCUUGGCUGUCUCUCAAGAGAACAUAAGAUACCCCUGAUAAGGCCAGGCACAGCUCAGGACAUCUCUACCAAGAAUUUGAAACUGUGACAUUUAGAAGGGGCAGAACUUUGAACACCAGCCUCCACUAUCUGCUACCAGCAUCUGCUGCCAGGAUUUACCAUCCAGACUUUGAUUUCCUCAUAGAUCCUAGCAAGAGGGUGAAAACUUGUCCUUCAUUCAACAGACAAGACAUCAAAAGGUGAAAGGACUCAUUCUGCCACGAAAAAUGCAUCAGUUAAACACUUUAAAAACGUCCUGGUUUCAACUGCUGUGCCACAAAAACUCCAGCUGAAUCCCCAGAAUUCCCUUUUACACCCAUGUGACGAACAAGGUGUCCUUGUCCUUUUGGAGGCCAGUCCAUGGGCAGCAAUCACGAGGCUGUGCUGCCAAGGUGACUGCAAGAGGAAAGCAGCUCCAAACUUCAGCUGAUGCCAGUGACCUUGAGAGCAUUGCAUAACCUGCUAAUCCUUUAAGUGAGAUCAGUCAACUGUCUCCAAGUCCCACAGCCAGACAGGUCACACUCUCUUAGCUCUGAGGUCAGGACAGGUAUUCAGGAAGAAGAUAUCUAUAGAAGACUAAUCUGUCACUGAAAAUGCUGUGGGACACGUUUGGCUUACCUCUCUGCAGCUUCUCCUCUGCCUGGAGGGCAGCCAGUGUCUGGAUCUCCUUCUGCCAAGUCAUGCAGGCACAAUCCUUGCUAGCUGCACCCCCUGCUUCCAGGAAAUAAACACUUGUGCCUUGUUCUUUGUCUUAUGCUAACAUUUUGGUAGCUUAAUUUUAGCUUGAGAAUUAAAUAAAGAACAUGCACAAGUGAUAGGUCCAAAUAAAUUCUUUUAUUUCUCUGUAAUAAAUACAGCACUAUCUGAAUACUGAA